AUGGUGAAGAAGCGGCAGCUGAGCCCACAGAGUGUGUGGGAUGUGGAUGCCGUGCGGCUGGCCUUCGAGGCCAUUGGGGCCAACCCCAAGCACAUUCCUCGCUUGUACAACCACAUGAUUAGGAACCCGGGCGGCGGCUGGGCUGAUCUGCCGGACUUCCCAAAGGCGGCGCGUGCGGCGCUGGAUGCCGGCUUUGUGCUGCACACCACCCGCCUGCUCACCGUGCAGCGCAGCAGCGACGGCGAGACGACCAAGCUGCUGGUGCAGCUGCAGGACGGGCUGCAGGUUGAGGCGGUGGUGAUGCAGUACGACAACACGGGUGGGUGGGUGGAUGGGUGGGUGGCGGCGAUGGAGGGCGGCAAGCGCACCACGCUGUGCGUCUCCUCGGAGGUCGGCUGCGCCAUGGGCUGCACCUUCUGCGCAACAGGCACCAUGGGCCUGUCUGCCGACCUGACUGCGGGGGAGAUUGUGGAGCAGCUGGUGCACGCCAGCAGCGUCAGCCGCAUCCAGAACAUCGUCUUCAUGGGCAUGGGCGAGCCGCUCAACAACUACGAGGCGGUGCGGACGGCGGUGCGCCUGAUGACCGACCCCAGCAGCUUUGCGCUGCGCCGCAGGAAGGUGACUGUGUCCACGGUGGGAGUCAUCCCGCGCAUGCUGCAGAUGGCUGACGACAUGCCGGGGGUCAGCCUGGCGCUGUCCCUGCACGCUCCCACCCAGGAGCUGCGCCAGACCAUCUACCUGGAGAGGACCGGGCAGCGCGUGUUUGUGGAGUACGUGAUGCUGGGACCAGACAUCAACUGCACCCAGGCGCACGCCCACCAGCUGGGCCGCCUGCUGCAGGGCCGCAACGUGCUGGUCAACCUCAUCCCCUGGAACCCCAUCCUCAGCCCCUCCAUCACCUUUGCGGCCCCCGAGGAAGGCGCCACCGCCGCCUUCCACUCCAUCCUGCGCUACCAGUACGGCGUCAACUGCACCAUCCGGGCCGAGAAGGGGCAGGACAUCAGUGGCGCCUGCGGCCAGCUGGUGCUGGAGCACGGCGGCGCGGCGGGAGGAGGCGGGGGCGCGUGCGGCAGCAAGAGCGGCGGCGGCCUGGCUGACCUGGAGGAUCUGCUGCCGCCACCGCGGACGCAGGCGGCAGCGGUGGCGGCACGGUAG